AUGCUAUACCCAUCCGCUCUCCUCCGCUGGUUCCAGCGCAAGCGCUAUCAAUACGAAGUCACUUUCUCACUAUACAUGUUGACGUCGACCGAGAAGUUCAUCUUCAACUCUGUACUCUUUCUCCUCCUCUCCCUCCUCAUAAUCGCCGCUUCGCUCUACCUCCCCGAACACUUGACCAUCAUUGCGAAUCGCAUGUUUUAUUACUUGUCUGGUAAUCGCGACGCACUUGCGAGCACGACACCGAAAGAUGUGGGGAUUCCGAAUGCUCCGUUAGGCGCGGGUGCCAUGGGCAACGGUAGGGGGAUGAUGGAGUUAUAG